GCGUGAAAGAGCUUGAGGCACGAGAACAGUCACACUCUCACGCACGGACGUUUUCAGAGUCGAUGACUAACAUAUACAACAGCAAGGCACAACGACCUAAAAAACCGGUCCACAUUACCACCGCAAUUAACAUCGGAAUCAUCGGAGGCAGCGGGGGCUCGUGAGUGUGGAAUAACUCGGUGACUCUAAAAAUGAACAGAUAAGUGUUCAAUUUAUGACCAGAGCGCAUGUGGCAUCGUUAAACCUAUACCUCAAAAUAUAUUUGUGUUUUGCAAAGACGACUCCUGGAAAUAUUGAGGAAACUAAAACAGGAGGCGAGAAGAAAAAACACCAAAGAAGUGUGACUGUGUGAGAGACGGGGAACACAAAGGAGGGCAGUAGCGCGCAGCGCGGGACGUCUGUGUGGAUGAUGAUGUGAUGCGAAGAAAGAAAGAAAUGGCCUAGAUCUGCUCUCCCUGCAAUAUGUCAUGAGUUGGUCUGUGACUGAAGCCUACUGUCAUCCUGCCUCAGUGCAUAUCGUCUAUUUUGGGGUAUUUCAUUAUUUUCAUUACUGUACCUAAAUAAGCAACAAAGAUAAAGGGAAAACAAAAUGCUCUCAGUGUGGAGACUCGUUUGUAUGACCGUAUGGUGAAAUAAUAACCGACCCUUGUAGCCGUUAAUUCUCUUUGUGCUAUAUUAUUUUCUAAAUGUAUGAUUGUGUCAGGGUGCUUGGUUCGUUCUGUCAAUAACUCAUGCCCUGUCCCAUUACCCGAUAGACCCUCUGGUCUAGAUGUAGCUUUUACACUUCUUCAUAGGCAUACUUCCGUAACGCUGCUAUAUGAGUCCGUAACGCUGCUAUAUGAGUGAUGGCAAUGCCAGUAGUAGAAUCUGACAGUAGCAGCAGUGGUGUAGUACAUCUACGGAGCAGUAGCAAUAACAGCACCGGCGCUCACGAUAAAACCUUCAGGGCACCGGAGCGCAAUGGUUAUGUGAAAACAAGUGUCAACCAGCCACUGCCCGACAGUCGCGACCGAGAUGGUGAUGGCUCAUAUGGGUCGUGCAUGGUGAGGCUCGUGUUCAAGAUAUGGAGUUCCCAAAUACUCCGGUGUACAGUAUGUGUGGGCUCACUGUCGGUUUUUCUCGCUCUGGUGGUUAAAUUAGCCGACUGGAGGACUGAGCUCAGUAGCAGUGGUAACAGCCUCAGCAGGCUGCACUCCUGCUCUCCUGUUCAUAUCGUGUCAGGCUGCGCAGGGGAGUUGUUGCUAACUCUCUGGCAUCUGAUCUCGCCUGUAUUUACCCUCCUAUGUGCCUUCUUUUGGGUGGGUUUGUAUUUGAUCCGCUGCGGAGUGCUUAUCCAAACCGCCCUUUUCCUCCUCACGCUUUGCCACCUAGGAGAGACGGCGGCGUGGGCUCUCGUGCACGGCGGGACUGGGACGGAUGAACAACAGCCGUUUUCCUUCAGCACGUCAGCGGCCGCGGUCGUGCUCGCCUGCCUGGCCACCGGCACACUCAUGGUAGCGCGGCUCAAGCACGGCAUCUCGGUCAUAGUGUUCGUCAGCGUCGUUCGGACUAUCUCGCUCAUCUCGCUGCACAAAGUCCGGGCCACUUGGAGACCUUACGUGGCGUACCUGGUGGGAGUGUUGGGCAUCCUACUGGCGAGGUAUGCUGAUAGCCUACUUCCGAACCAAGGGCUACCCAGGGAGGGCUGUACCCCCUCUGUGACUGGGGCGAGGGAAGGGGACGAGACCCCUGUGUUUAAAAGGCGAAGGAGGUCCAGUUCUGUGAUUUCCACAGACAUGGCACACAGUCAGCCCAACAGCAAGUCACACAGGAGGACCUCGCUGCCAUGCAUUCAGAGGGACCAGAUGUCAGAAUGGGACCACAAGAGAAGCUCAAGAGGAUCUCAGUCAUUGGGCACCAGUGUGGUGGUGGAUAUAGCUGUGAUGGGCGAGGCCCACGGCCUGAUCUCAGACCUGCUGGCGGACCCCUCGCUGCCCCCCAACACCUGCACCUCCCUCCGGGCCGUCAGUAGCCUGCUCACCACUCAGCUCACCAUCCAGCCCCUGCACCGUCCGCGCCUCGCUCCCCUGGGCGUCAACCUGGGAGACGCAUACAUCUGCUCCGACUCAGAGGAGGGGUCUGAGAAGAUUGGGGAGAGGACCAAUACCUUACCUAAGCGUCUGCGGCGUAGCCUGCACCCGGGGCUGUUGAGGAGGAUCUCUUCUACAUGGACCACCACCACCUCAGCUACGGGCCUGCCCACCAUCGAGCCUGGACCAGCACGCAGGGCCAGCAUCAGCAUCAAACCCUUCCACGAACCGCUCACCUGCAGCUGUGGGAGACCGUACAUAAAGCUGAGCCAUGGGGAGGGAUCCAUGGACAAAGGGGACAGGAUACAUCGGACAGAGGAUCAGGUGGUGGCAUCGUCAGACUACGACAGCACCCACGAGGCCAACCACAGCGACAGCAGCGAUGUAGCGGCGACAGAGGAGGGGGACGCAGAGGGGGGCAAAAACACCCCCCAAAACCUGAUCAUGCUGCCUCCAGAGGAAAAGCCCCAGCUGGCCCCGGAGCCGUUAGUGAUGGAGGACUUGGAGCCCCUGAUGGGCCAGCUCAACAACUGGAACUUCCCCAUCUUCAGCUUGGUGGAGAAGACCCAGGGCAAAUGUGGCCGCAUCCUCAGCCAGGUCUCUCACAGGCUAUUUGAAGACACAGGCCUAUUUGAGACCUUCAAGAUCCCGGUCCAAGAAUUCAUGAACUACUUCCAUGCUCUGGAGAAUGGCUACAGAGACAUACCAUAUCACAACAGAAUCCAUGCUACAGACGUGCUCCAUGCAGUCUGGUACCUCACCACCCAGGCCGUGCCAGGUCUGCCCAGCCUCGUCACCGACCAUUGCUCUGCAAGCGACUCAGACUCUGACAGCGGCAUCACACACAGUCACAUGGGCUACCUGGUGUCGAAGACCUACAGUGUGUCGGAGGACGGGUAUGGCUGCCUGUCGGGGCUCAUCCCCGCCCUGGAGCUCAUGGCGCUGUACGUGGCAGCAGCCAUGCAUGACUACGACCACCCUGGGAGGACCAACGCCUUCCUGGUGGCCACAAGCGCACCACAGGCAGUGUUGUAUAACGACAGGUCGGUGCUCGAGAACCACCACGCUGCCUCGGCCUGGAACCUGUUCAUGUCCCGUCCAGAGUAUAACUUCCUGGUCAACCUGGACCACGUGGAGUUCAAACGCUUCCGCUUUCUGGUCAUAGAGGCCAUCCUUGCCACCGACCUCAAGAAACACUUUGACUUCCUGGCAGAGUUCAAUGCCAAGGUAGGUGAUGACGUCACAAGGGGUAUUGAUUGGUCCAAUGAGAACGACAGACUGCUGGUGUGUCAGAUGUGCAUCAAGCUAGCUGACAUCAACGGCCCACUGAAACACAAGGACCUGCACCUACAGUGGACCAAGGGCAUCGUCGAUGAGUUCUAUGAACAGGGUGACGAGGAGUCCAGCCAGGGCCUUCCCAUCAGCCCUUUCAUGGACCGCUCUGCUCCCCAGCUGGCUAAGCUCCAGGAGUCCUUCAUCACCCACAUCGUAGGACCGCUCUGUAACUCAUACGACUCCGCAGCACUCAUGCCUGGACGUUGGGUGGAACCUAACCCCGAGGAGGAGGAAGAGGAGGAGCACGAGGAGGAGGAGGAGGAUACGACAGAGGAUGAAGAUGGGUCGACUAGCUCGGAGGCAUCGCAGAAAGAGAAAGCAGCUCCCAAGAAGAGGAGGAAAGUGUUCUGUCAGAUCACCCAGCACCUGAUGGACAACCACGAGAUGUGGAAGAAGGUGAUCGCAGAGGAAACCCCCAAGCAAAACAAUGUAGCUGAGCCAAUCCUAUCCAUCCACGAGGAGGAGGAGGAGCCAGGGAGCAGGGAGGAUGUAGUGGAGGAGGAGGAGGAGCCAGAAGAGGAAGGGGAGGGGCCAGAGGAGGAAGUAGAUGAGGAGUGGCCAGCGCCCCCGCAGGACGAGUCUGAACCUGCAGAAGAAGAGGCGUCGCCAGAGUGAGGGCCUCAAAUGCUCAUGGUGAGUGCUAUUCGGGAUCCUUGGGAUGUUGCUACCCUAAAUCCUAACCUUAACCCCUACCCUAACCAUAACCAUAACCAUAACCCUUACCUUAACCAAUUUAAAUGUCAACUUAAAUGGGGUAGGGAUGUCCCAAGGAUCCCAGAUAGCAAGAACCAAAGGCUCAUGGGAAUGAAACAAGGCAGCCAUUGGCCCGAGCCAGAACGUGAAAUUACUUUUUCUAUCCUAUUGACAAACAGACUGACUGUUUAUUUUUUUUUUGUUGCCAGCACAUUCACUUAGACACAACACUGUAGAAGUUUGGGAAAUUGUGCCUAAUGAAAAUGUAACAGAGGGUGGGGGAUAUUUACUUGUGUUUUACACAUUUUAUAUAUAAAAACAAAGAAUGGUCAGGUUCAGUAAACUCAGUCAUCCGUCCUCUUGAGGAACUGUCCAUUAUUACAAUAUCCUACAGGAUCAUAUACUGUACGUAACUAACUGGUAUAAGAGAUCACGAAACAUACAGACUCUUUUUGCUACCGUCAAGAGUGGAUCAAGACUUGGUCAUGAAGACCUCAAACCCAUUGUGUAAACAACGGACUGCAGAGACUGCUGCCAAUUUAUAUAUAAGAAAUAUUUUCUAAAUGCAAUUAUACUUAAACAUCACAUUCACCUGUACUCACGUGUGUUUUGUUUAGGGGGGUAUUUUAAGUAUUUUGUCUGGGUCUGAUAAGUCUCAGUAAUAUGGUUUUAUUUUUACUAUGUGGAUUGAGAAGGGAAAGAUUAGACUGACCAGCUCCCUACAAAUCUACAUGUUCCAGCUUAUUAAUGUUAUUUAAUUGAUUCCAUAUUGCAUCUCACACCUAUACUCUGUAGCACACAACAGCAAGCAUGCCCUCUAGCCAUCUUUAGUUUUUUACUGAAAAACCGAAACGGUCGGUGUAGCCCCCCACUUUAAGGCCCCUCGAUGACCUAUGACAUCAGCAGAACCAUCCGCAGGUAACAUUGCUCAUGUGAUGUACUCCACUUAGAUUUGACCAACGGCUUGGUUCAGAGGAGGUUGGAACACGCUAAAGGUCAAGAAAGGAGUCAGAAAAGGAUACGUUAGGAUACUGUAGCUCCUAUGAGUGUUUCUCUAAUACACUGAAGAAAACAGGCUAGUGUGUCUGCUAAUAAUGUAGUCCCAUGACUAUAAGGCACAUGAUAAGUUCCUCAACCUAACUCAAAAGAUGGUCCUCUGUAGCUCAGCUGGUAGAGCACGGCGCUUGUAACGCCAGGGUAGUGGGUUCGACUGUAAGUCGCUUUGGAUAAGAGCGUCUGCUAAGUGGGAUAUUAUUAUUAUUAUUAUUAUAAAGAUAGGAUUCUUCCGCUACUACCAGAUCAACUGAUUACGUAGAUCAACAGGAGACAAAAUACUGUUUUUACUACUUAUUGACUAUUGAUUCUCGUUUCAGUAACACCCCCCACCCCCACCCCCCCCAACACACACACACAUAGUUAUUUUAUUUUGCCUUUUUUUAACCAGGUAAGUCAUUGAGAACACAUUCUCAUUUACAACAAUGACCUACAGAUACACGGUAAUACAGGAGCAAACACACACAUGCAGUAUACAAUCUCUAAGCCAUACAAGGAGGAACCAUUUACUGUGAGGUGAUUUUUUUUUAGGGAGAGAGCAGAGUAGCACAAAAUGAUCCUAGCAUUGACAGCCAGCCUGCAUCCUAAUUUAUUUUUUUAUUUCUUAGUCAUUUUAGCAGACGCUCUUAUCCAGAGCGACUCACAGUUAGUGAG